CUGUUUUCUGGACAAGUCGCCACCUCAUCGCAGGGCCAACACAGACAGACAGACACAUAGUAAAUAAAACAAUUAUUGAUGUGGAAGAAUACGAAGGAGAACUUUCUCGAACAAAAGAGAGGAAGCGACGCGCAAACUGCCGGACGCCGUUAGCUUGGCUCAAUCUCCCGCAGCAGACGCCAAGCAGGAGGAUCAGGACCUGCCAAGCAGCAGGAGUGGGUCUCCAGCAUGGAGGAGAAGGAGCCAGAGCCCCCCCAUGUUAAAGAGGAGGAAGAGCAGCUGCAUGACGGCGACAUAUCCAACAUCCAACUGAAGCAUGUCACGGUGAAGAGUGAAGGAGACGAUGCUGAACGAGAACCAGCUAAGUCGUCGCGGCUUCGUUGCAAAGAGGACGGAUACCGCCGCCGCGGAGAAGCGCGCAGCCGCUCGGAUCGAGUCACACGUUCGUUGCGUCCUCCAGCUGAGCCAAAGACCGGAGAUGCUGGCGACUCCGUCAAUCCCACGGAUGCUUUGUCAGGCGUAAACUGCAUGAAAAAGGAGCGCGGCGCCAGCGAGAAACCAUUCGUGUGCCCGUUCUGCAGCAAACCCUUCAACCAGAGGGUCCAGUUGUCCCGACACCUCAGCGUCCACACAGGAGACAAACCCUUCCACUGCACGGUUUGCAGUAAAAUGUUUGCAACAAGGGACCGCUUGCGCUCCCACAUGAAGAUCCACACCGGGGAAAAACCCUUCAGCUGCUCCGUUUGCGGCAAAAGAUUCUUCCACCGCGCGCAUUUGGUCAAGCACUCGCACAUUCACACGGGGGUGAAACCCUUUCCCUGCCUGUUCUGCGGGAAGAGGUUCUACUCCAACGGGGAUCUGAUCAAGCACACCAGGACUCACACGGGGGAGAAACCGUUCACCUGCUCCAUCUGCAACACCAGCUUCAGCGACACUUCCACGCUGGGCAAGCACAAAAUAAGGCACACGGGCGAGAAACCCUUCAGCUGCAGCGUGUGUGACAAACGCUUCCCGUUCAAGUUCCAGGUGAAAAAGCACAAGUGCGCUGUGGCGAAUAGCGGCGGUAAUUGAACUGUGCUCGACGGCGUGUAGAUAACGUCGACUGUGAUGAUACUCCUCUAAGUGAUACCACAUAAUGGUCCAUGUAUCAUGCGGUUUAUGUUACCAGAUAUACAGUCAGGUCCAUAAGUAAUCGCACUUCAACACAAUUCUAAUCCACAUUGGAUUUGAAAUACAAACCCCGUUUCCAUAUAAGUUGGGAAAUUGUGUUAGAUGUAAAUAUAAACGGAAUACAAUGAUUUGCAAAUCAUUUUCAACCCAUAUUCAGUUGAAUAUGCUACAAAGACAACAUAUUUGUUGUUCAAACUGAUAAACAUUUUCUUUUUUGCAAAUAAUCAUUAACUUGAGAAUUUGAUGCCAGCAGCACGUGACAAAGAAGUUGGGAAAGGUGGCAAUAAAUACUGAUAAAGUUGAGGAAUGCUCAUCAAAGACUUAUUUGGAACAUCCCACAGGUGAACAGGCAAAUUGGGAACAGGUGGGUGCCAUGAUUGGGUAUAAAAGUAGAUUCCAUGAAAUGCUCAGUCAUUCACAAACAAGGAUGGGGCGAGGGUCACCACUUUGUCAACAAAUGCGUGAGCAAAUUGUUGAACAGUUUAAGAAAAACCUUUCUCAAGCAGCUAUUGCAAGGAAUUUAGGGAUUUCACCAUCUACGGUCCAUAAUAUCAUCAAAGGGUUCAGAGAAUCUGGAGAAAUCACUGCACGUAAGCAGCUAAGCCCGUGACCUUCGAUCCCUCAGACAGUGCGACAUCAGUGUGUAAAGGAUAUUACCACAUGGGCUCAGGAACACUUCAGAAACCCACUGUCAGUAACUACAGUUGGUCGCUACAUCUGUAAGUGCAAGUUAAAACUCUCCUAUGCAAGGCGAAAACCGUUUAUCAACAACACCCAGAAACACCGUCGGCUUCGCUGGGCCUGAGCUCAUCUAAGAUGGACUGAUACAAAGUGGAAAAGUGUUCUGUGGUCUGACGAGUCCACAUUUCAAAUUGUUUUUGGAAACUGUGGACGUCGUGUCCUCCGGACCAAAGAGGAAAAGAACCAUCCGGAUUGUUAUAGGCGCAAAGUUGAAAAGCCAGCAUCUGUGAUGGUAUGGGGGUGUAUUAGUGCCCAAGACAUGGGUAACUUACACACCUGUGAAGGCGCCAUUAAUGCUGAAAGGUACAUACAGGUUUUGGAGCAACAUAUGUUGCCAUCCAAGCAACGUUACCAUGGACGCCCCUGCUUAUGUCAGCAAGACAAUGCCAAGCCACGUGUUACGUCAACGUGGCUUCAUAGUAAAAGAGUGCGGGUACUAGACUGGCCUGCCUGUAGUCCAGACCGGUCUCCCAUUGAAAAUGUGUGGCGCAUUAUGAAGCCUAAAAUACCACAACGGAGACCCCCGGACUGUUGAACAACUGAAGCUGUACGUCAAGCAAGAAUGGGAAAGAAUUCCACCUGAGUGUCAUGACUUGGUCCUGGGUGUUUGCUUUUCCGGAAGGCAACGGAAAGUUGGCUCGGGCGAGACGGGAAUGUGAGUACAUGAUUGUUUAUUACUAUCAAAAAAAGUACAAACGAAAAGCGCGCACAGUGGCGGAGAAUAAACUAUGAAACCAAAAGACUAUAGCAUUAAUAAACAAAAACUUACUUGGCUUGGACUAAAGUUGCAGCAUGAAAGAUGGACAUGAAAAAACAAGUGUCAGGAAUGUGAAGAGCAUAAAUGUGUGAAGUCGCCAGAAAGACAAACUGAAAACAAUGAACUUAAAUACUACAGACAUGAUUAACGAAAACAGGUGCGUGACUCAAAACGUGAAACAGGUGCGUGACGUGACAGGUGAAAACUAAUGGGUUGCUAUGGUGACAAACAAGAGUGCACAAUGAGUCCAAACGUGAAAAAGGUGAAACUAAUGGGUAACCAUGGAAACAAGACAAGGGAGUGAAAAGCCAGAAACUAAAGAGUCCAAUAACUAAACAAAACAAAACAUGACUAAUACAAAACAUGGUCACACAGACAUGACACUGAGAAGCUUCAAAAAUGUGUCUCCUCAGUUCCCAAACGUUUACUGAGUGUUGUUAAAAGGAAAGGCCAUGUAACACAGUGGUGAACAUGCCCUUUCCCAACUACUUUGGCAUGUGUUGCAGCCAUGAAAUUCUAAGUUAAUUAUUAUUUGCAAAGAAAAAAUAAAGUUUAUUAGUUUAAACAUCAAAUAUCUUGUCUUUGUAGUGCAUUCAAUUGAAUAUGGGUUGAAAAGGAUUUGCAAAUCAUUGUAUUCCGUUUAUAUUUACAUCUAACACAAUUUCCCAACUCAUAUGGAAACGGGGUUUGUACAAACUUAAAGUUUUAUUUUGAGGGUAUUUAGUAAAAGUGGCCGGAUGUUUGUUUUGACCUCAUUUACAAGCAGCACAAACAAGGUCUCGAGAUCAUUUCAAGUGAGCUAUUUGUAUUAUAAAUAUGUGGCCGUCAACUGUCAAUCUGAGAUCCAAAGAGCUGUGUCAGUGAAGCAAGCCAUCAUUAGGCUGAAAAAUCAAAACAAAGACCUUCAGGUGAGCACUGACGGCCCGCAGGUCCGAGACCCACAGAAGUGUGGACCGCAGUGACCAAGUGGACUCACCCUCAAUGACAUUUCUGCAUGCUGCAUCCUGCUCCUGUACAUAAGACGUGUUUUCUGUGUCAGCAUGUUAUAAGAGGCACAAUAGAGGAUGUUUGUAGUCCAGCUCGGUUCAAGAACAACAUGGGUAGAAGAGCUGCUUGAUUCAUUACAGAUAAAAGCACAUUAAAAAUGACGUCCAAAACAAAA